CGUCUAUAUAACAUUUGCGCUACCAUGUUCACGAUUUAUAGAAUGCGGUGACGACAUUUGCUACUUUGACGUUUAAAUUGGUUGUCACGGCGUAUACCAAGAAUGGAUGACCCUGAAGAGCAACGUGUGUUUCUAGCGGCCAUCAACUCUUUCUAUUCGUACCGACGUGCCGCUCAUCUCAAUGUCACCCAUACGCGAAGGCAAUGCUUCUAUAACCUACCAGAAAGCCAUUGGAGCCUCCUCGCGCGGGAGCCAUUCAACUUACAGAAAGUUUUCAAUGAUGUAGACGAUGCAAUCGACUCGAAUGCAGACAUCGCAGAGGCGAUUGCAAAUGCCGGGUUUCAGUCGUUCGGUCUUGAGCCACCGGAGAAGCUAGAUUCAGCGGCAAAUGUAUCACCAAGUGACUUAGACAAGGCUCGAAGUACGAUACGGCAACUGUAUAGAGAUUGGUCUGCUGAGGGCGAAGCUGAACGCCUCGCAUCAUAUGUCCCUGUGUUUGCCGCGUUGCGAACGCAUUUUCCAUUUCCUGAAACUGAACUCCACGGGAUAAACAUCCUCGUCCCUGGCGCUGGACUUGGGCGGCUUGUCUUAGAACUUGCAAAGGCUGGAUACACAGUGGAAGGGAAUGAGAUCAGCUAUCACCAACUUCUCGCCAGCUCCUUCAUGCUGAAUCACACUCAGAGGGCUAGGCAGUUUGAGCUAUAUCCGUGGGCUCUCACAUUCAGCAAUCAUCUCUCUCGCUCCAACCAGAUGGAGAAGAUUAUGGUCCCGGACGUGCAUCCAGGGACAUUCUUGGACGAGGCGAGCCAAGGGCUUCCUAUUCAUGCCGGCGAAAGGAUGUCCAUGGCAGCUGCCGAUUUCUGUGAGGUGUACAAACAGCCUACCGCAUCAGCGACAUUCGACGCAGUCGUCACGGUCUUCUUUAUCGAUACUGCGCCGAAUCUAAUCCACUACAUCCAAGCCGUGCACAAUUGUUUGAAGGAUGGCGGUUUGUGGGUCAAUCUAGGACCUUUAUUGUUCCAUUUUGAUGGGAAUGCUGCUUCGAGGGGGGACACCGAGGAUAUGGAGACAUCACAGAAUGACGAUGGGGGACGGUUCAAGGGGAUAGGAGAACCCGGCUCGGUGGAGCUGACGAACGAAGAAGUUCUCGACCUCGUCGAGAGGCUCGGGUUCAAAGUGGUGGAGAGUAAGGAGACGGGGUUAGAAACGGGAUAUAUUCAAGAUCCACGGGCGAUGCUGAAUUAUAGUUACAGACCAUCGUUCUGGGUUGCGAAGAAGUGUGGGCCUAUGCCAGCAAAUUUAUCGUGAGAAUAAAUUCCACUUGGAAAAUGAAUCUCAUUGAUCCUAACAAAC